CUCCUUAUACACGGUUCACAUCAACCAUUUCCAAUGCUGCGAAUGGUACAAAGAACGCAGUAGUUUUGCAAAUUGUGUCCAUUUGGUUUAUUCUUUUCUUGGUUGUCUUUUUAUUUUGCUGUGCAUGUAACAGCUGCAAGUUUCUGAGACAAGGUUCUGCAUGCAAAAUAAUUCUAAUCAAUCUGACCAAAAAGUGACGUUGUCUUCGAAUCUAAAUUAGACGUACAUACACAAAAAAUAAUUUGUUCAAGAUGAGAUUCCUGCAAAUAUUCUUCACUAUUGUUAUAUUGGCCUUAGCCAUAUAUUGCAAUGAUACAGAAUCCACUCCUAUGGAUAAAACUGCCUCAAACUCGGAUUCAACUCCAAAGAGUCCAUUGUUUGCAGAAUCUGGAGAAAGCACUGCCACCCCAACGCCCAGUGAUAGCGAGGAGGGCACGAGCACAAACAGCAGUGCGAACGAAGAGGAAGACAUUGUGGUGAUAUUCGUUAAGAAGAACAACAGCUCCGACUCGGAUUUAGAUAACGACGACGACGACGACGACAUAACGAACACCACCACCGCGAGCACGAUGAAAAGGAUUUCCAUCUCUAAGCGCCAAGUGGAUCAUCGCUUCUCCCAGUCGAAUGAUGAUAAAGAUGGAGAUGGAGAUGACAAGGCCUCCAAGCUUGAUGACGACUUCAAAUCAACUUCAAAAGGAAAGUCUUCCUCCAAUAGCACUACGUCUGAAAUAAUCCUCAUCCCAUUCUUUCGACGACCUAUUCUGGUUGACAUAAUCUUCCUCCGAGUGAACAAUACGGAUUCCAAUCAAACAGGCCCACACUUUCCAUUUCACUCUGGUGGACAGGGAGUUGGACAUUCAAAACCCAUUAAUUCGGAUGAGGACUCGGCUGGUCCCACAACUACGACACAGGACGCUGGUGCCUCCAGCCUAGAAAGUAAUGAAACAAGUACCCGGAAGUCAAGUUCCGAAGAAGUGACCCAUACCACCCCGUCUGGAACCAACAACUCCUCUUCUCAACUCACCCAUAAGAAUAGGGGUCGACGUAAUACCAUUUUCUCUCAUCUUACUAAUAACUCCCAAACCACCACCUCCAACCCAGACGAUGAUGGUGCUGCUAGUCUGGACAAAGAGACUUUCUCCGAUUUCAACAACAACAAUACAAGUCAUGACAGUGAUUAUAGCACAAACUCGGGCUCCAUGUCCUCCACUUUCUCCAUUCCAAGCUCGAUAACAACAGAACCAACUCUCCUCAUGACUACACGCGAGACUAAUAACGCAAGCAGUGAGAACAAUCAACCUCAAUUCCAACUCGGUGACGAAGAAAGUGACAAGAAGAAGUUAGCAGAGGACAAAAUGCCAACCACCAUCGCCACCACUACUGGAAAUCCCGUAAUUUCUAUCUUUAUGGAAAUUAUAGAGUAUGGCGAGAACGUUACGAAAGCCCUGUUUGGGAAGGUGCACGACAAUAAUAAUGCAAAUUCCAAGCGGAGAAAUCACUCGGAAUCAUCUGGAGCUGAUGAUAGUAAUGAUCAUGAGGAUGAUGAUGCGGACCUUUCCCGUACAACUGGCUCCACUCUCCGAUCGUCAUCCUCUUCCAGUGGUUCCAAUCAAAAUUCCACUAACCACAACCAGCACCCACAAAAUGGAUCAAAUUCACUCGUCCAGCAAGAAAAGUGAGCAUCAAUUGCAACUUUAACUGCUACGUAGGACCAACUGCGGCAAUUGCAAUCCAUCAAGUAGUUCCUAUACGAAUAUAUAUAUCUACGAUAUGAGUAUAUGUAAGUCUUGUGCCCCUCUCUUCACUAAGUCAAAUAAACUACAUAUGUAUAUCUAGCAGUAUUUGUUGGAUGAGAAUUUCUUAUCCGAGGGCUGCUAAAAUCUGUUCUUGAAUUUAUAAAUUGAA